AUGGCGAAGCCGGAGAUGUAUCGACACCCGACACGCAGUGAGAUCAUCGAGCUCGCCAUAGCAGAAGGCCACGAUGCAGAUAUCCCAACUAAUGCCGGCUCCAUAUAUCAAGUGCCUAGCCAUACAUCCACGCCUCGAUCGAUGCACCAAAAUCAUGAGUCGGAGAAAGUUUCAACGGCAGCAGUAGACAAGGACAUCGAAAAGGGCAUCUCGGCAGAAUCAAUGUCCAGCGACGAAGAGCCUGUCGACAAUAACGAAGAUGAUCCGAACGUCGUAUGGUGGGAUGGCCCGGACGAUCCGCAGAACCCCAUGAACUGGUCGUACACGAAGAAAUGGGGAACUGUGGUUUUGAUAUCAGCAAUCACGUUCCUAACACCCCUCGCGUCCAGCAUGUUCGCGCCUGGUGUACCACAAGUUAUGGCUACGUUUGAUUCGACGAAUGAUAUGCUGGAGCAGUUCAUGGUAUCGGUGUACGUCUUGGGGUUUGCAUUUGGACCAAUGAUAAUCGCACCAUUGUCGGAGAUGUACGGGCGACUGCCCUUGUACCACAGCUGCAAUGCUUUGUUCGUGAUUUUCAGCAUUGCGGCAGCGGUGGCUCAAAACAUGGGCCAGUUCGUCGUGUUCCGGUUCCUUAUGGGUUGCUUUGGUGGAGCGCCUAUGGUGCUGGGAGGAGGUACGAUUGCAGACUUGAUCAGUAGAGAGCAGCGUGGUACUGCUAUGGUGGUUUGGAUGAUGGGUCCUACGAUCGGUCCCUGCGUAGGUCCUAUUAUUGGCGGUUUUAUGACUGUUGCUAAGGGCUGGAGAUGGAACUUUUGGUUUGUGGCCAUCGUUGCGGGUGCCUUGAUGUUAGCAUCUUUCAUCCUCAUGAGAGAGACCUCAGCUCCUGUGAUUCUCGAACGCAAGGCGAAACGUCUCCGUGCAGAGACCAACAACCCAAAACUACGCUCAAAACUUGCGUCUGAUCUGUCCCCGGCAGACCUCUUCAAAUUUUCCAUCAUCAGACCGGCCAAAAUGCUCACGCGCUCGACUAUUUGCCUUGCAAUGUCUGUGUACAUCGCUAUAACUUAUGCCUAUCUGUAUAUCCUCUUCACCACCUUCACGGCCGUCUUCAAAACUCAGUAUCACUGGAAGGGUGGUGUCGUCGGUCUAUCUUUUAUGGGUAUCGGACUCGGCUCCUUGGUUGGCCAAUUCGCUUUCACUUACUUUGGCAACAAGAUCGUGAACAAACAUAUCGCGCGAGGCGACUUCAAGCCCGAGCACCGCCUAACUUCCAUGUGUGUCGGCGGUUUCUGCCUGCCGGUCGGCCUGUUCUGGUACGGAUGGGCUGCGCAAGAGAUGACGCAUUGGAUUGUACCAAUUCUCGGCACAGGACUCAUCGGCUUCGGACUCCUCAUGGCUUUCAUGCCGGCUACUACCUAUCUUGUUGACGUGUUUACAGUACAUGCUGCGAGCGCGAUGGCUGCAAGCACUGUGCUGCGUAGUCUGUGUGCAGCGUUGAUCCCGCUGAGCAGCUCGAAGAUGUACAAGGCCAUGGGAUACGGAUGGGGGAAUUCGUUACUAGGGUUUGUAAGUCUCGCGCUAAUACCGAUCCCAUUCCUGUUCAUUCGGUAUGGCGAGGGUAUCAGGGCGAGAAGUACCGUCAAGUUGUGA